UCACACUCCUCCACAAUGCUUGUCAGCCUCCACCUUUCUCCCUCCCGUCUUCAGGACAAGUGCUCCGUUUCCCCCUCCUCCUCCUCCACCGCCCAUCCUCCUCCCCCUCCCCCGGACCAGUCCUCCCCUUGUCCUUAUUCUGGGCCUCGGCUGACCGUGCCCUUCCUCUCCUUCUCCUUCUCUCUGCUCCUCCUCUCCAUACUCCUCCUGCCCGCCUGCGAGUCCCGCAGGGGCGGCGGUCCAGGCACGGGUCCUGGAGGCGGCACCCAGAGGGGCGUCGUCAUCCCUCCACAAUACUCUCCCGCCAUACCAGCGCUUCCCCCGAUCAAUCCCAAACUGAUCAACUCGCUCAGUAUAGCUGUCAUCCUGGUGGGCAACUCUAGUGACGUGGCCCUGGGGGCUGGACUCGAGAAAGAGGACUUCCUCCACAUCCCUUACCCUCCCAAAGUCGAGUUGGUGACCAUGAAUGAGACCGACCCAAAGAGCAUCAUCAAUCGGAUCUGCGCACAAAUGACGAGGAGCUCUCUGCAAGGCGUGGUGUUUGGAGACGACACGGACCAGGAGGCCAUCGCUCAGAUCCUGGACUUCAUAUCUGCCCAGACACACAUUCCCAUCCUGGGCAUCAGGGGAGGCUCCUCCAUGGUCAUGGCUGCCAAGGACGACCAAUCCAUGUUUUUCCAGUUCGGCCCGUCCAUCGAGCAGCAGGCCUCCGUCAUGUUGAACAUCAUGGAGGAGUAUGACUGGUACAUCUUCUCCAUAGUCACCACGUACUACCCUGGCUACCAGGACUUUGUCAACAAGGUCCGAAGUACCAUCGACAACAGCUUCGUGGGCUGGGAGCUGGAAGAAGUCUUCCUGCUGGACAUGUCCGUGGACGACGGAGACUCCAAGAUCCAGAACCAGCUGAAGAAACUGCAGAGUCCGGUCAUCCUGCUCUACUGCACGAAGGAGGAGGCCGGCACCAUCUUCGAGGUGGCCCAUUCUGUGGGCCUCACGGGUUACGGCUUCACCUGGAUCGUGCCGUCGCUGGUGGCCGGAGAUGCAGACCACGUCCCCGACGUCUUCCCUACAGGGCUUAUCUCCGUGUCGUAUGACGAAUGGGACUACAACAUCGAGGCCAGGGUGCGUGAUGCAGUGGCUGUCAUUGCCACGGCGACCUCCACCAUGAUGCUGGACCGGGGGCCGCACACACUGCUGAAGUCAAGCUGCCUCGGGACACUUGACAAAAAGAGCUCCAACACCGGCCACUCCAAGGAAAUACUGAAGUACCUCAUGAAUGUCACAUUUGAAGGCCGUAACCUGUCAUUUAGCGAAGAGGGUCACCAGAUGUUCCCCAAACUGGUCAUCAUUCUGCUAGACAAGGACAGACAGUGGGACAGGGUUGGCAAGUGGGAGAGAGGCUCUCUGACGAUGAGAUACCAUGUGUGGCCUCGCUUCGAGCUGUACUCUGCGGCGGAGGAGCGGGAGGACCACCUGUCCAUCGUGACUCUGGAGGAAGCGCCGUUUGUCAUCGUGGAGGACGUGGAUCCGCUCAGUGGCACCUGCAUGAGGAACACCGUGCCGUGCCGCAAACAGCUCAAACUCAGCAAUCAGACUGGCGAUUCAGGGAUUUACAUCAAGCGCUGCUGCAAAGGGUUCUGCAUUGACAUCCUGAAGAAGAUCGCCAAGGCGGUGAAGUUCACUUACGACCUCUACCUGGUCACCAACGGCAAACAUGGCAAGAAGGUGAAUGGGACGUGGAACGGCCUGGUCGGUGAGGUGGUGCGGAAGAAUGCCCACAUGGCAGUGGGUUCGCUCACCAUCAACGAGGAGAGGUCCCAGGUCAUUGACUUCUCCGUGCCCUUCAUUGAGACGGGGAUCAGUGUCAUGGUCUCCCGUAGCAACGGCACCGUGUCCCCCUCCGCCUUCCUCGAGCCCUUCAGUGCUGAUGUCUGGGUGAUGAUGUUUGUGAUGUUGCUGAUGGUGUCGGCCGUGUCUGUGUUUGUGUUUGAGUACUUCAGCCCCGUGGGUUACAACCGCUGCCUGGCAGAUGGACGAGAACCCGGGGGCCCUUCCUUCACCAUCGGCAAGGCCGUCUGGCUGCUUUGGGGUCUGGUUUUCAACAACUCCGUCCCCGUGCAGAAUCCCAAAGGGACCACCAGUAAGAUCAUGGUGUCAGUGUGGGCCUUCUUCGCUGUCAUCUUCCUGGCCUCCUACACUGCCAACCUGGCGGCCUUCAUGAUCCAGGAGGAGUACGUCGACCAGGUGUCGGGCCUGUCAGAUAAAAAGUUCCAGAAGCCCAACGAAUUCUCUCCGCCGUUCCGGUUUGGCACGGUGCCCAACGGGAGCACAGAGCGCAACAUCCGCAACAACUACAAGGACAUGCACAAUUACAUGACCAGCUUCCACCAGAAGAAUGUAGACGAGGCGCUGUACAGUCUGAAGAGCGGCAAGCUGGAUGCCUUCAUCUACGACGCGGCGGUGCUGAACUACAUGGCCGGCCGGGACGAGGGCUGUAAGCUGGUCACCAUCGGGAGCGGCAAAGUGUUCGCCUCCACCGGCUACGGCAUCGCCAUCCAGAAGAACUCCGGCUGGAAACGAGCCGUGGAUCUGGCCAUCCUCAUGCUGUUUGGAGAUGGUGAUAUGGAGGAGUUCGAGGCCCUGUGGCUGACGGGCAUCUGCCACAACGAGAAGAAUGAGGUGAUGAGCAGCCAGUUGGACGUGGACAACAUGGCGGGGGUCUUCUACAUGCUCGGCGCCGCCAUGAUCCUGUCGCUGCUCACCUUCAUCUGUGAGCAUUGGUUCUACUGGCAGCUGCGCUUCUGCUUCAUGGGCGUGUGCUCUGGGCAACCCGGGGCCACCUUCUCCAUUAGCAGGGGUAUCUACAGCUGCAUCCACGGGGUACAAAUUGAGGAAAACAAGUCCACCAAAGACUCGCCCUCGGCCACCAUGAAGAAGAACAUGAACAACACCCACUCCAACAUCCUGCGCUUGCUCCGCACUGCCAAGGACAUGACCGCCGUCCCGGGCAUUAACGGCUCUCCGCACGCCGCCCUGGAGUACAGCCACAGCGGCCGGGACUCGACUAUCUACGAUAUACAAGAUCACCGGCGCAGCCUGGUGGGCCACCCCGUAGACUGCAAGUCAGCCCCGCCCUACCUGCCAGAGGACAACAUGUUCAGUGACUACAUCAGCGAGGUGGAGAGGACUUUUGGCAACUUGCCCCUGAAGGACAGCAACCUGUACCAGGACCAUUACCUGCACCACCACCCGGCCUCGGCUCUGGGUAUGUCCGGCCCCCCGCCUAACAGGCCGCGUAGCUUAGGCAGCACUAGCUCGGUGGAGGGGGGCAUGUUCGAUUGCGAGAGUUUAGGGGGAGGGGUAGCGCCCAUCUUCACAACCCAGCCCCGCCCCUCCAUGACUCACAGGAAUACCAAUAAGUUUGACCUGAUCGCUGGCCACACCCCUGCGGAUUCCAGCCAGGGUGGGUUCAAGGGAAACAAUGUGUACGGCAGGUUUUCUUUCAAAGGAGGUGCAUCCAGCACGGGGCUCAUCGGGGGUCAUGACAGGUACUGUGGUGGGCGUGGGGGAGGCUCAGGGGGGGAUGAUGGGAACAUUCGCUCGGAUGUCUCGGAUAUCUCCACGCACACUGUCACCUACGGCAACCUGGAGGGCAACAACAAGCGACGUAAGCAGUACAGGGACAGCCUCAAAAAGAGGCCAGCUUCGGCCAAGUGCAGACGGGAGCAAGACGAAAUAGAGCUGAGCGGCCUCCGGAGGAGAGCCCACCACCACACCGUCCACCACCACUUCCCCCACGGUCCCCUGGCACACCGCACGGUCUCACCUCCCCUGGAGCGGAAAAGGGGAGGCGGAGGGGGUAAUUCUUCACCUUACUUGUUCCGCAAAGACAAAGAGAACCUGAGGGAUUUCUAUGCGGACCAGUUCCGCUCCAAGGAGGGCAAGGCCAAGUGGGAGCAAGAGGGUGGAAGUGGAGGAAGCGGCGUGGGCGGUGGUAGUGGUGGUGGUAUCUGUAAAAGCUUAGUACCUGUGGAAGACUUCCUCAAAGGUAAAGGCAAGAAGCCGGAGUGUAAAGGUGGGCUUGGCUCUGUGUCGGCAGGGCAGCAGGCCCACACCUGCUGGGAGAAGGGGGUUUCUGGGCUGGGAGGUGGGGGCAUAGCAGGGGGCGACUGGGAGUGUCGUAACUGCCAUAAUGUGUGUCACCAUGGUGGAGGCGGCCCUUGCCCGGCUAGCGGGGUUGGCGGCAGCAGCAGUCGCCCCAGCUCCGCUAGCUGCAAGCGCAGCGACUCGUGUAAGAUCCCGCAGAGCAACCUUUACAACAUCAGCGAGGAUAUCAACAUGGUGUUCGCCGGAUUGAAGAGUAGCGUAGGACCCAGCCAAGUACCAACUCAGGCACAGGCGCAGCGCAGGAAGAUAGGGCCGGGCGGGAGGGUGUUACGGAGGCAGCACUCGUAUGACACAUUUGUGGACCUGCAGAGGGAGGGGGCGGGCCGCCGGGGAGGGGGUAGUGGCGGGGGGAAGUUUCCCCAGCCGCGGAGUGUGAGCCUGAAAGACAAAGACCGCUUCAUGGAGGGCCCCAGCCCUUACGCCCACAUGUUCGAGAGGUACGCAGGGGAAAGAGAGUCUUCCAUGUUCGGGGGAGUAGGCGGGGACCGGUCGAAGGGAGGCUCCUCCUUCAGUUUGUUCCGUGGAGGCGAAGGUGGGUUGCAUCAGCGGUCCGUAGGGGAGAGAGACCUGAGGGACAGAGAUAGAGCUAUGAUGGGAGGUGGGGGCUGUGGUGCUGGUGGUGGUGCUGGUGGUAGCAGCAGAGGGGCCGGGACUUACUCCUUGUCUAAAUCUCUCUACCCAGAUAAGGUGAACCAGAACCCCUUCAUCCCAACCUUCGGCGACGACCAGUGUCAAUUACACGGCGCCCAACCGUACUACGUCAAAAAGCCACAGACGCAGCAGCAGCAGCAACAACUUCUCAACAACACCCGGGGAGGAGGGGACUUCCACGGCUCCAUGGGAACGACUUCCUAUUUGCCCGUGUCCGCCACAGCUGGGGUGAUGUCCAAUGUGGCCCCCAGGUUCCCCAAAGAGCUGUGUUUGAGUGGGGUGGGGGUGCCCAUGGGGAACCACCACGGGGCCAGCAAGCUACUGCCGGUGGGCAGGGACACGUUAGGCCUGGGGCCGGGACAGAGAGCCUUCAAUGGUGCCAGCAACGGACACGUUUACGAAAAGCUCUCCAGCAUUGAAUCAGACGUAUGA